CGACGUCGUAGGAAGUAGUUCUGAAUACAAAGAUCCAGAAAGGGGGAGAGAGCUCUGAGUAAACCAGAGGGAGAGAGAUUGAGAAAGCGAUGAGCGGAAUAGCAUCGGUAUCGUUCUUAGCUCGAAGAGCAUCGCAGAGGGAGAGGGUUCGGAUCCUCUACAGGCGUGCUCUCAGAGACACUCUAAAUUGGGCCGUCCAUCGUCAUCUCUUCUAUCCUGAUGCGGAUGCCCUAAGGGAGCGAUUUGAGGUCAACAGAAAAGUGGAAGAUGUUGAAACUAUUGAUAGACUUAUAGCUGAUGGUGAAGCAUCCUACAAUAAGUGGCGGCACCCUGAUCCUUACAUUGUUCCAUGGGCUCCUGGUGGUUCCAAGUUCAACAGAAAUCCAGUGCCGCCAGAAGGGAUUGAGAUAGUGUAUGACUAUGGCAAGGAAGAGGCUGAACUAGUAUGAUAUUCUCCCAUGAAAUGAAUAAAAGGUUCAUAAAGUUGUGGGCAUGCAAGGAGAGUUGCAUCCAGUCCUGUCUUCUUUUUUAGUGAUUCCGUCUAGCUUUGAACAAUGAAACGUUAAAUAUGUUUUCUGGUUUGAUAUUUAGAGAAAUGGGAAUUGGCAAUGGCACUAUGCUCACUUAAAAUUGACCGUUUAGUAGUUGUGAGCUGCAUACCAAGAAUUGCAAAAAUAAAUGUCAGAUUUUGAUUUGAAAUUUGUUUGGCUUACAAUUUGUCGAAUUUCAGUAAUCAUUAUUCAUGUCUUAACCUUCUUUUUAAAAGUAUUGUGAGCUAUCAUUAAUGUAUUGUUGUUUGAACAGUUUCUUUCUUGUUAUAAAAGAUUGUAUACUUGCCUUUA